AUGGCUCAGAACAGAGCUGCUUGGAUCAUGGCUCCCAUGUCGAAGCCAUUUUUUAUAGGAAAUGCCCCAGUCUACAGACCUGGUCCGGGGGAGAUCCUUAUCAAGGCCCACUCUGUUGCUGUGAAUCCCGUGGACUGGAAGAUACAGGAUUCUGGUCGCUAUCUCCGAACGUAUCCAUUUAUACUGGGCAGAGAUGCGGCAAGAACCGUUGAAGAAGUUGGUGAAGGGGUUACCCGGUUUCACAAAGGACAACGUGUGAUCGCGUCAGUAUCGCUCAAACCAAAUGGUGGAUAUCCUUGGCUCACUUUUACAAGACAUCUCCACAGCGCUAAGUCUGGAGAUCCUGCCAAUGCAGCCUUUCAGACCUAUUCUGUGGCAUUGGAACGACUUGCAGCUGCCCUUCCUUCGCAUCUAAGCUUUGAAGAUGGCGCAGUCAUGCCACUUGCUAUUUCUACUGCUGCAGCUGGUCUUUAUUUACCUGAGUAUCUCGGUCUACCUUUACCAUCGAGCGAGCCGAACCCCACGAACAAGAUUUUGCUGAUAUGGGGAGGCUCUUCAUCGGUAGGUGCAACGGCUAUUCAGUUAGCAACAGCUUCCGGUAUGAAGGUUAUCGCAACCGCUUCUCAGUCGAAUCAUGACUUUGUCAAGUCCCUCGGGGCAGUCGAGGUCUUCGACUAUAAGUCACCCCAAGUGAUGCAAGACCUAGUUUCUAGACUGCAGCACUCGGAAUUGGUUGGUAUUUAUGACGCUAUAGGCGAGACGAGCAGCCUCACGUCUUUGUUGAUAAUAGUCAAUCACCUCGCGCGUCCCAUAAAAUCGGUCACUGUCCACCCCUUCGAAAGCCCAACUCUGUAUUUUGCUCCUUCCUACGUCUCUUCAUAUGGCAUUGCUUUCCCUCCAAAUGAAACAAUCGGCGAAGCUAUUUGGGGUGAAUUUGUGCCCAGGGCGUUGGAGAGCGGGCAGUUAAGGGCCAACCCUGAGCCCCUCAUUCUUGCACAUGGAUUAGAGAACAUCAAAUAUGGCCUCGAUAGGCAAAAGGCUGGUGUCUCCGCUCAGAAGAUUGCGAUUACUAUACGAGAUUAUUAG